GAUUACUUGGUUGAUCGAACUUGAACUGACACCAUCUUACAGAAUUGAAACUGACUGGCUGUUGAAUCUUUUGCAGGUCUGAAGAAGCCUUUGGAAAAGAUAGAAAUGGCAAAGCCUGAAAGCAGCAACGGGCAGCUGGCAUCGAGGGCGUGUAGCCCUGAGGGACCGUCUAACAAUAAAUUAGAAACUAAAAGGACAGCAGGGCUGAAGAAGAAUGAGGUUUACAUCGGAAACCUGCCAUCUGACAUCACAGAGGAUCAGAUCAUGCAGCUGUUUGCGGCCUUUGAACCUGUGACGGUUCGCAGAAUAGUAUCGGGGCUGAAGUGCUUUGCGUUUGUGGACGUGGGGAAUCCUCAGAACAUGACGCUGGCCGUCAGCCACAUCAACAACACCAUCUACUGUGGCCGCCGACUGAUCGUCAGAGACCUGGUCAUAUCCAGGAGCUGUGAGAGACCACUGGAACUAUUGGACCAGGAGUUACUGCCCUUGGAGAAGGUGGACAACGACUCGGGCAAAGCUGCCAGAGCCGUGCCUUGCCCUGGAAGAUCCAGAGACAGAAGCGAACCCGUUUAUGCAGUGCCCUUGGAGAUGAGGAGUUUGCUGCAGGUGGAGGUGCUCUCCAGCUGUUUCAAGACCACGGAGUGGAUUGUGGAGAGCGCCAGUGUCCGCGGGGAGGUGGGACUGAUGGUCAUGGAGACCUUCCCUCAGAUGCCCUUCUUCUGGGCCAUGAACCUGACUCCGGAGACCUACAUGAAGAUGUGCCAGUUGUUCACCGCUCUGUCCGUAGUGACGCAAGACCAGCCCUUCCUGAUGAAAGCCGAGGUCCAGAGAGGCCGGCGCUGCAUGGCCGAAUACCCAGGAGAGAGCGGGGAUUGGAACAGAUGCUGGAUCGUGGACGUGGUCGAGGAUAAAGCCAUUCUGCUCUACGUGGAUUCGGGCAACACGGCGUGCGUGCCGGCAGCGGCCGUCAAGUCUCUGGACAAAGACGAGUUCUGGAACGUCCCUCCCCUGGUGCAACCCUUCGUCCUCCAUCAAGGCAAGUCUGCUGACGGUCUCAGCUCCGCUGAAGGUUAAUCCCCGGGAUGGCGGGACUGUCUUACGCUGAGAGAACGGAGCGGCUGGGCUUGUAUACUCUGGAGUUUGGAAGGGUGAGAGGGGAUCUCAUUGAAACAUAUAAGAUUAUUAAGGUGGUCUGAAGAAGGAUUUCGGCCCGAAACGUUUCCUAUCUCUUAAGGACCUUUUCUUAAGGGGUUGGACAGGCUAGAUGCAGGAAGAUUGCUCCCGAUGUUGGGGAAGUCCAGGACAAGGGGUCACAGCUUAAGGAUAAGGGGGAAAUCCUUUAAAACCGAGAUGAGAAGAACCUUUUUUAACACAGAGAGUGGUGAAUCUCUGGUACUCUCUGCCACAGAGGGUAGUUGAGGCCAGUUCAUGGGCUAUAUUUAAGAGGGAGCUAGAUGUGGCCCUUGUGGCUAAGGGGAUCAGCGGGUAUGGAGAGAAGGCAGUGAUGGGAUACUGAGUUGGAUGAUCAGCCAUGAUCAUAUUGAAUGGCGGUGCAGGCUCGAAGGGCG